AUGAAUUUUUCUUCGUCAGUAACUGACAAAAUUAAUGCAUUUUAUCAAUGGUCUCUAUCGGUUUCAGACGAUAGAACGAAAGGUUGGUUGAUGGUUGAUUCUCCAACGCCAACCCUAAUCUAUACAGUCAUUUAUUUCAUAAUCGUUGGUUUGGGUCCGAGAUGUAUGAAAAGUAGAAAACCACUCAAACUCACUCCCAUAUUGAUACCAUACAACAUCCUUAUGACAUUAUUGAAUUUAUAUAUAGCUAUUGAAUUACUGGUGGCAUCUAGUCGUUUACGCUACAGUUAUGUUUGUCAACCACUAACAUUUAUCAACAACAAAGAUGAACUGAGGUUAUUGAAAGCUGUUUGGUGGUAUUACUUUUCAAAACUCCUCGAGUUUUGUGAUACAAUUUUCUUCAUUCUCCGGAAAAAGGAUAAACAGCUUACUUUUUUACAUGUCUAUCAUCAUUCGACUAUGUUCUCCUUGUGGUGGAUUGGAGUGAAAUGGGUGCCUAGUGGCUCUACGUUUUUGCCUGCAAUGGUAAACAGUUUUAUACAUGUACUUAUGUAUUCGUACUAUGCACUCAGUGCCUUUGGCCCUAAAAUUGAAAAGUAUUUAUGGUGGAAAAAGUACUUAACUAUGCUUCAAUUGAUUCAAUUUACCACUGCACUUUUUUUGGGUAUCCAUGGAAUUAAAUCUGGAUGCAAAUUUCCCAUAUGGAUGCAAUAUUUAUUGGUGAUUUACAUGAUUUCAUUUAUUGUGCUAUUUGGAAACUUUUACGCAAACGCUUAUGUUCAAAAGGAUACUACAAAUAAGACAGACAUCUAUAAAAAUUACAAGUACACGAAAAAUUUAGCAUGUAAAUCGACAAAAAAUAAUUAA